AUGCGCGUUGGGCUGGCCCCACGCAAGCGUGCGCGUGCCUUAGGCGGCUCACGAGCGCUGAGGAGCUCUCUUUCCUUUCGCGGUUCUGUCGCCAUCGCUCCUCGCCGCUCCGUUGCGUUGGCCACUCUCACCGGAAGUCCCCCCUCCUCCUCCCGUGCCGCGACGCAUCCUCGCUUCCACGCCCAUUCUGUUCCACGCGAGCGGCGCCAUCCAUCCCUCGGAUGCAGUGCCGGCCUUUCACGCCCAGCGCCUGCCACCGCCGGGGCAGCGGCGCGCUCUGGCCGUUCGGCGGAAUGCCGACCCGGAUGCCGGUUCGUAAACCGUUACGGUGACCAUCGCGAAGCUGGUUCGGGCUCACAGACCAAGCUUGGGACGCGUUCUGACGCGUCUUUGUGUGUGCUGGUGGUCUUUCGGCCGCGUCAAUCCCUGGACAUGGAAACGCCACGCAUUCAAAAAGAAACAGUUGGUGGAGAUUUGCAGAUAUCCGAAGGGCGAGAUGUUCAUGGGGAGAUCAUACCGAAAGGUGGGCGUGAUCGAGAGGAAUCAUCUGCGUCUCGGUCAGCCUGUGGCGGGGCGGGCGAUCUUUGUAAACCGGGGUGGCGUGUGAGGCUUGGCAAUGGCCCUUGGUUCGGAUGCUUGCACAGGACGGUGACGACGCGCAUGGCGAUGCGGCGACGGCGAGCUUGAGCAGCUGGCGCUGGAGCUGGAGGCAGAGAGGCUGGUGUUGUGCUGGCUGACAUUGCAGGGCGGUCUCUGCCGGGGGCAAGCUGCCGGCGCUACCGCCGGAGGCGAAUAAGCCGCAGCGGAAUGUAAGAGUAGAAGUAGACAGAGAGAUCCGGAGAGGCAAAGAUAAGAAAAUCCACAACCCUGGAAUGUUGGGUGAUAGGUCGGAUGGGAGUGGUAUAUUUAUACUUGAAAUUAUAACCGUUUGAAAACAUAGCUGUCGAAAAAUUGCCGUUUGAAUUAUAAUAGUCAUAUAAAUGGAGUGAUGAUUC